AUGUCUGAGCUGCCAUCUGUGAAAGCUCUUGGGUUACUUUGGAACGCAGAGAAUGAUAAGUUUCAGUUCUGCUACAAACUUCCAAAUGAUCACUUCCACAUGUCGAAGAGAGCUUUCUUGAGAGAAAUUGCAAAGAUAUUUGACCCUCUAGGGCUUCUAGCUCCAUUUACAAUUAGGGCAAAGAUUAUUUUGCAACAUAUUUGGUUGUCUGGUGUAGGAUGGGAUGAAAAGAUGCAUCCUGAAUUAGAAGAAAAUGCAUUUCAGUGGUAUGUGGAAUUGGCAGAUUUGAAGUCGUUAAGUUUCCCAAGGUGGAUAGAAUUUAGCUCAGAGAUAGCCAUUCCAUGUCUGCAUGUGUUUGUAGAUGCAUCACAAGAUGCGUUUGGCGCUGUGAUAUACCUGGUGAGUGGUCAUGAAGAUAGAAUAGGUAGUCAGCUUGUUGCAUCAAAAAGCCAUGUUGCUCCAAUCAAGACUGUCAGUGUUCCACGACUUGAGUUAAUGGCCGCUGUUCUUGGAGUGAAACUACUUCUGGCUGUUGCAAAAGGACUAGACAUGUCACCACAUGAUGCACAGAUCUGGUCUGAUAGCAUGAAUGUUUUAUGGUGGAUUAAGAACCACAGUAGAAGCUUUAAGCAAUUUGUGGCCAAUCGUGUAGGCUACAUUCAAGAGAUGACAAAACCUUGUCAGUGGAUGCAUGUGCCAACAAAGCUGAAUGCAGCUGACAUACUUACCAAAGGAAGUAAACCUGAAACUCUGGGCACAACAACAUGGCUGCAUGGUCCUGAGUUUUUAGCACAUGAUAAAAGUCAAUGGCCAGAGCAGAUAAAUGCGUUCGAGAAGGUAGAUCUGGAAAGGAAAACUGGAACAAGCUUCAAAGUUACUAUGAAUGUUCAACAUGAUGAUGCACCAUGGCGUUUAGAUCCAUGUAGGUUUUCUGACUGGAAUAGACUUUGUAGAAUCUUUGCAUGGGUAUACAGAUUUCUAAACAACUCUCGUACAGCAAAAUAUAUCAGAAGGAGAGACAAUCUUGACCUAGAAGAGAUUGAGGAGGCUGAAAGAAAACUAAUAGCAAAUGAACAAAAGGAAGCAUUUCCUACAGAGUAUAUGGCACUGAAACAGAACAAAGGAGUAGCAUCCAGUAGUAAGCUCAUUGGAUUGCAGCCUUUUCUUGAUGAAAUAGGGGUGAUGAGGUUAAAUGGUAGAUUAAGGUUUGCAGAAGUACUGUCUUGGGAUGCUAGGUUUCCCAUCAUUCUCCCCAGAAAAAGCUGGGUGACGAAACUGAUCGUGAAACACUAUCAUGAAAAGUGUCUUCAUAUGGGAACCAACAGCACAUUGGCCUCGUUGUCUUCCAAAUUCUGGAUUGUAUCCUCAAGAGAGGAAAUUCGCGAAUGGGAACAUGAAUGUGCUUGGUGCAAAAAACAAAAGGCAAAACCAGCACAACAGCUCAUGGGAAAUCUUCCAAAGAGUAGAGUAGUCUGUUCAAUGAGAGCAUUUGUUCAAACUGGGGUGGACUUUGCUGGUCCGUUUGUAACUGUACAGGGUCGAGGUAGAAGCCGCCAGAAGAGGUAUCUGUGUCUCUUCACGUGCCUUGCUACUCGUGCUGUACACUUAGAGAUUGCUUUCGGACUAGACACAAAUUCAUUCUUGAAUGCCCUGUUCCGCAUGGCACAUAGAAGAGGUUGGCCCAAGGAGAUUGUAUCUGACAACGGCACGAAUUUCGUUGGAGCCGUAAAAGAGCUUAAAGAGCUGGUGAAAUCUUUAGAUUCUGACAGCAUGAAAUCAAAAUUGGCAAACAAAGGCAUUGUUUGGAGGUUUAAUCCGCCAAAUGCUCCUCACUUCGGAGGCAUCUUCGAAUCCAUGGUCAAAUCAGCUAAACGGGCCAUUUAUGUGGUACUUGGAUCAAGUGAUGUCACCGAUGAAGAAUUGAUGACUGCCUUUACGGGUGUUGAAGCUCUGUUGAAUUCGAGACCACUAACCUAUCAGAGUGCCCACAUUCAAGAUGAUGUUCCGCUCACUCCAAACCAUUUUUUACAUGGACAGCUUGGGGGAGACUUCGCUCCAGAAAUAGAUUCAACUUCCUUUGCGACCCAGAAGCGUUGGCGGAGAAUACAGGAACUCAUCAGGCAUGUAUGGAGGAGAUGGAUGAGAGAAUGGCUUCCAACUUUGAAUGUUAGGAAAAAGUGGGUCACGCCAUCAAGAGAUUUCAAAAUUGAUGAUGUGGUUAUUCUCGUAUCACAAGAUAACCCACGAGGAACUUGGCCUCUAGGGAGGAUAGUGAAAACUUACCCAGGGAAGGAUGGCCACGUCAGGGUGGUAGAUGUUCAAGUUGGAAAGUCGAGGUUCACUCGACCAGUGACAAAGGUUUGUCCUUUGGAGUAUAGCGACUGA